UCUGGGUGAAGACGUGUACUACGUAGCGUCCAUGCUAAAGUGGCUUACGCGAUGUUGUAGAACGCGUUGUGAAGAUAUUAUUGGAUAAAUCUGUGCAAGUGUGUAUUAGUGCAGAUGAGUAACUGAAAUUAAUUUAACCAUUAAAAUUAAUUUUAAUUACCAAUCGUGUGCAAGAUGAGAAGGAUCUGCCACCUAGCUUACUUUAUGCUGGUUCUCCUCGACGGUGGAGUAUGGUCUCUUCGCAAUCUGACUAUCUCUGUCCCUCGCGCGGUGCUAUCGGGAGAGGGUGAGUCGGCAGUAAUGCGAUGUUCAUACGACUUAGAGGGCGCCGCGCUGUACUCAAUACGAUGGUAUCGCGCCGAGACAGAGUUCUACAGAUAUGUGCCCAGGGAACUGCCUCCUACUAUGGUGUUUCCCUUACCCGGAGCAAGCGUUGAUUUGGCGCAGUCAGACCACCACCAAGUGAGAAUUGUAAAUUUGAACAGACGUCUAAGCGGUGACUACCAGUGCGAGGUGUCUGCAGACGCUCCGCUCUUCCACACAGACAUACGAUCAGCUCCGCUCACUGUUGUUGACCCACCGUUCCGCGCACCUCUGCUGACUGUUCCACAGCGAAACUUUGCAAGAGGUGACGUCAUCAAAGCCAACUGCUCCGUCGACGAAGCAUACCCUGCUCCUAAUAUUACCUGGAUUCUGGACGAUCACAAAAUAGCGGAAAAAGUAUCGUGGCACCCUGCUGAGCUGGACUUCAAGGAACGAGGAGCGUUCAGUCAGCUGCAUCUAACUGUUCUGGAGACUGAGCAUUACAAGGUUGGGUUGAGCUACACCAGCUCAAACUUGGACGCAGUGUUUCACCAGAAUUAUGUCUCCAAUGGAGCACAAUCCAAGGACGAUACAAUAAUAAGCUACAUGAUCACACCACCAGAAAGUGGACAGUUUACUCUGGGGUGUGUUGCCACGAUACACGACAUCUACGCUCGACAGAGUGAAGUAGCCACCAUAAGAGAAGAUACUCCAAGGCCAGCUUCUGUGACUGGAGAAGAUUCCGCAGGUACUGCUCGAAGUGUCAGUAUGGCUCUAACAUCGGCUUGUGUCAGCGCAGCACUCAUCUACUCAUUAUGAUAGCUAUACGAAUCUCACGAGUAAUUUAGAAAACUAAAUGUUGUGAUAUAAAUUAAUUAUCUUAAGGUGCAAGAAAACCAUGUAUUGAUAUUAUGUACGAAACUGUGCCAAUUAUCGCUUUACAUAAUUAUUUGUGUCUCGUUCAAAUAUUUGUAGCUAUGGGAUUAUCGUGUCUGCAUAAUAUGAUUACAUCUCUUGUUUUUGAAUCUCAUUUUCGACUGUAUAAUAGAAAAUAUUUGUUGUUUUUAUAUACUUUGGAGGCUUAUUAUAGUGUUGUACAAAUUAAGAUUGAACAUAAUUGGCUUACAUGAUUUUAUUUGUAUUAAACGCUUUUUAUUAGCUUCACCUGUAUGUACGUUUAUUUGUAACUGGGGCGCGAUUUUGACCCACUUUAAACGGCCAGAUUUCGUUCAAAAUUCGUAGAUUUCUCGAGGACGAAUGAUGACAUUAUUCCGUUUUUCAAUUUGCGAAAUAAGACUUUUGUUAAUUUAUAUUAUUUUUAUCUAUCGUCUAUAAGGCAGGAAUUGAUGUUAAUUUUAAAUUUCAGAAUAAAUUUUCUAUUUUUUAGUUCAUUCUUUUAUAAAAAGCAUGUUUUUUAGUUUUUUCUUAACUACUAUUUAUUGUUAUUGCCGCUUUUGAAGUUUACUUAACGGCGCUUACCAUCCCUUUACCCGGUUGCAGUCCAUUGUUAUUCCUUCGAUUUCAAAUUUAUGGUAUAUUAAAAAAUAUAUAAUAAAACAUGUAAGAAGCAUCUAUAAGUAACAUUUACAGGUAGGUAGUAGUACACAAACAUGUAGUUUGAGUUGAUAUCAACAAAAACAGCGGAAUAUUUAUUAAAGUUUAUGUGCAUUGGAAUGUUUCAAUAAAUUAUAAAUGUUUUUAGCAUACCUAGUUACAAAAUACAAGAUAAUCUCGAUAUUUUAGUGAUACAUGGUGUAAGUCAGGGUUACAUGACUUCUCUGUAUGAACCGUUGAAAAUUGUUUUAGUAAAAUUGGCUUAUAAAUGUAAGAGAGUGCCUCCCAGCUCGCUUUUAAUUAGCAAAGACUCGAUCUUCUAUGGAGUACAUGUGAGGUUGGAUCCAGAUGUACCGAACGACGAUAAAGAGUGUGUGAGGCAAGGUUGUUAAAAGAGAUUGCAGACUUUGCUGAGUUUCGUUCGCUGUAUGUGGACGAUGCUUUAUACAAACCCCGGUGUUAAGUGUAAAUUUACGUAAAUGUUUAAAUCGCCAAUAUACAGCUAUAUAUAUAUAGUUAUAUAUAUUAUAAUGCUUGUCAAAAUAAAAAUAUGGCAACCAAUAUUAUGACAAUAUUGUACGAGUCAAUUUAUAGAAAACAUUUUUGUGAGAAAUCGUGUGAAAUGUUUGUAGUGGUAAGAAAUGAAAAUUAUGCACAGUUGUAAAAUAAAAUGAUUGUUCUAAAAUAUUUUUUAAUUUGUCUAUAUUUUAUGUGAAUAUGUAAAUAAAUUGGUUAUCUAA